UUUCAUAAAAAUUGGAUUGAUAAUCAUAAAAAUGAUCCUGAACAACUAACUUAUAGCAAGGCUAUGGACGCGCUUUUUAAAAGUUUACGUGAAAUCAUUAACCGAAGUUCAGAUAUCCCAAAAAUCUGGAAAGCUAAUGAACUUUUAACUACUUGUGAGGCGAGUAUUAACAUUUUUUAUAGAAAAUGCCCUCUGCAGUAUGCAGAUGUCUACAACAAGGAAGAUACGACUUCUAGUUGUUCUUCUGAUGAUCUUCUAGAUCGUUGUGGUUUCGGCAUCCAUAACAAGGAAGACACGACUUCUAGUUGUUCUUCUGAUGAUCUUCUAGAUCCUAAAGAUAAGGAAAAUAACGAAAUCCUUCUUAAUAUCGUAAAUAUUAACGGUAACGAAAAUGAAUUGGAAAGGCAUGCUGAGGAAACUAUCCAGCAUAAUGGAAAGAUAUGGAUCGUGGCUUUUUAUGAUAUUAUAGAUCUUACUCCGGGAUCAAAUAGUGCCUUUAUGCGAUUCCUACCUAAUGAUGCAGUACAUGAGAUGAAGCAAUUUGGAUCAGAAGAACUACAAUCUGCUCCAGAUAAUGUGAAAGAGCUAAUUGUUAAAUUUGUUAAA